AUGGGUAAAGAUAAAAACCACCAAAACGACGGACAUACCAAAAUCAGGAACGAUGACCCUAGCUCAAAAACAACACAAAACGCAACACAGAACACCCAAUUCCCGCAAUUCCUUGUGAUGACCUCCACACAGAGUGGUAAAACAACGGCCGCGUUGUCGCCACUUCUGUUGAGGAAGGGCAUCCAGGGAAUCGCAGGGGAUGUGAAAUCCGUUAAGCCAUUGGGAUCGGGCGAUCUCCUUAUAGAGGUUUAUCGCCAACAACAGGCGAUGAACCUACUCGGAACAACCAGUUUUGCCGGCAUCGGUGUCAGUGUGAAACCACACUCAUCACUUAAUUGCAGCAAGGGGGUAAUCAGGUGCCCAGCCUUGCGCAAUGACACCGAUGAAGACAUACUGGCAUAUUUCCAGGAGGAGAGCGUCCCGGUCUCUGAGGUGAGGCGGAUGGUGAUCAGGAGAAACAAUGAUACAAUCAAAACAAACACCUUCAUCAUCACUUUUUCAACGCCAACACUACCCCAAAUACUAACAAUCGGAUACCAGAGGUACAACGUUUCCGUCUACAUCCCAAAUCCAUUGCGAUGCCGAAACUGUCAGAAGUACGGUCAUCACGAAAAGCGAUGUAGACGAAAAUCGAUCUGCCAGUAUUGUGGCCGUGAGGGUCACACCGAGCAAAAUGACUGUGACAUCGCCAACCUGCGCUGUGUCAACUGUGAGGGGAAGCACGCUGCCUCUUCUCGCGACUGCCCUACCUGGAGCCAGGAGAGGGAGAUAUUACGGGUUAAAUAUACCCGAGGUGUCUCUUUCCCCGAGGCCAGGAGGAUAGUCGGGAGUGCAGACAUUGCUACACCCUCUUACGCACAAGUGACUCGAGGCAAGGCGCCGGUUGACAGUGUCACGGUCAAGGAUGCUUCGGUUCAAGUUUCUGAAGACAUACCUGCCUGGGGCUCACAAGUCCCAGACAUGGCUGGAGAAAACCCUCCAAAGGUUGGCACAUCUAGGGCACAUGUGCGUUCGCAGCGAUCUCGCUCACUCACAUCUGUUCCUCGAUCCCAACUGAAACCAGAGACAACAUCACCCACCAACAGACCUAGGAAAAAAAUUAAAAUAGCGAGGGGCAAAUCCGAAGGACCGGAUCUGAAUGUCACCUUUGGCAAAGGAUCAGAGGACCCGACAAACCGGUUCAAUGUCCUACUAGAUUUCGAUGAUGAGAUGGAGACGAAUGCCUCCGCGCUUCGUGCUUCAACUCCAUCGAAAUCCAGCCAAAAUAACAAAAGAUAA